CUGAAAUCUUUGCAAGUGUAUGGAUUAAAGAACUAAAAAAUCGGCAAACAUGGGACAAUUUAAAGGGAUUUUGCUGUUCAUCGCUUUGAUGUGUCUCACGCACUGCUCGUUUGGGGCCAAUGAGAUGAUCGGUUUGUUGGAUAAUUACAAAGACUUGACUGGUGAUGAGAUCAAAGCCUUGCUCCCCUUAUUUGAACAGCUGCAAUUGCAAUACGAUCUAAUCAUGAAGGAGGCCAAUAAGGAAGAUGUUAAAGUAGAAGGAGAAUUUGCAAAAAUUUAUGAGGCCACCAUCAAGGAAUUUGAUUCACAGUUUGCUUCCUUCAUGGACGAGGAUGCCACCACGGUCUAUGACACAUCAUUGCCCACCGUUGAGGAUAUAAUGGGAAAACCAGAUUGGGAAAACAUGACUCCGGAACAAAGGGAUGAAUUCCUGGACAUACAAAGUAUACUCCAAGACACCUUGGAUGAGACAAAGGAGGGCCUUAACGAAUUGGUUGCCCGGGCAGUGCAAAUCGAAGCUGAACUUAUAAAGAUUAACAAACCCAAAAUUGUAAUGGGUGUACUCAAUGGCUUGAGUGCCAUAUACAAAGUGGCCAGUCGUGUGGGUCGUGCUUCUUAUUGUACCUACUCCCACAUGCCCCAAUUGAAUGCUUCCUUGCAUCAAGUGUAUGAUGGUGUGGACUGUUAUCUCCUCACCACUUCCCUCAUAGUGCGGAUUCAAAAUGAAAUAUAUGACACGGUAAAAGUACUGCGCAAAACCAUCUCCGAUUUGGCUGUGGUUUAUAAGAAAGUGGCCAACAAGAAUACGCUAAUGGGAAAAAUUGUAUCCAUGAUUAUGAAUAUGAAAAAGGUGACUUGGAGUGUAUUUGGAGCAUUGCGUCAGGCGCAUGAUGUCAUCGGACUUGUGGUUACCCAAUUGCCGGAGACUACAUCAAAUAUUUACAAAUGUGGCACGAAUAUGCUGGACAAUGUUCCAUUUAUAGUGGAAACGGUAUCCAAUGUGACCGAGUGCAUUACAUUUGUGGAUAAUUCCAAACCCGACUAUGGUUUCUUGGAUCCAGAGAACUCAACUCGUAUUCCAGAGCUGUAUCCCGAUCCAGAAAGUGGUGAAACCGACAGCGAUGAGAGUUGGGAAUUGUUUUAAUGAUCUUAUAAGACUUGAGAAAAAUUGUAAAUGUUUAUAUGUAUGUUAAUUGGUUUAGAGUAAAAAAUAAAUGAAAUGUUAAAGCUUUUUAUUAUAGCAAAAAUUA